AUGAAGAAGAUCUCGUGCAAGCGGUGUCGAUUCAGAAAGCUGCGAUGCUCUCGAACAGAGCCCUGCCAGAGCUGCUCAUCAGCAAACCAGCCCUGCGAAUACCGCGAUUCUGACUGCAAGACACGGCCAGUCUCAACAGAGUAUACCGCCAGUUUAGAGAGCCGAGUAGCAUGGCUCGAGUCUUUCAUUCUAUCCCUGGCUGACGCCUCCCCUGAAGACCGAGAGUCUCGGUUAAAGUCAUUCAGGGCCACUGCUCGACCGCAUAACGAGGCGAACCAGCUAGCAACACUACUCCCAUUAAAGUACUGUCAAGGAUCUCUGCAGCCAGGCCCUGGAGGAUCUCUCAUCUACCAUGGCCCGACGAGUAUCCAUCGCACAUGGUCAACACAGCCAACAGCCGGACUCUCGCUCAAUAUCCCACCGGACAGCGCGCAACACCCAAUAUCCAUAUCCCUGUCUGCAUCCUUACUGGCAACCUCAUACGAGUCAAUCACCGAGAUCGCCGGCUUCAAUCUAGAAGAUGAGGACGAGGCCAUCACAAAUGGUCUCCUCCUCUUCUUUCAAUGGCAGUACUCCCACUUCAUGUUCAUCUACCGAGAAGCAUUCCUGCGAGACCAUUUCAGCGACCGUCAGAACUGCAAGUACUGGUCGCCCGGCCUGCUUCUGUCCAUGUGUGCACUUGGCCUUCAGAUGUCCUCUGAUACUCGGGAGCGCGAUCUGGGGGAUAAGUUCUAUACAGCUGCUGAGAGCGUUUGCAUUCUGUCUGGCUUAACGCAGCCGUCUAUUAUAACUGUCCAGACGAUCCUCUGCCUAGCGUUCUAUGCUCUUGGACAGGGCGAUUUAUCAAAGAGUUGGGGUCUUUCGGGAAUUGCAUUCCGAAUGGCUCAAGAUCUAGGCUUCCAAAAGGAUCCAGCCGACUGGAUACUGCAGGACUUUUCUAUAGCCACGAACGAGGACAUUGAGAUCCGGCGCCGCAUAUACUGGGGCUGCUACAACUCAGAUAAACUGAUUAGUCUGAUCCUAGGCCGGCCAGUUCAGCUGCCAUGGCACGAUGCCUCUGUUGCGCAAACUGACGUUCUUCCGGACUUUCCCCAAAUGCACGCGUGGCUUCCAGCCGGCUUCUCCAAUGACGCCAGUGCCUCCGGGAAAUCCUCGUCCCUGAUCCUCUGUUUCCGAGAGCAAAUCCGUCUGUCGAGGAGUAUUGAACGGCUCCUCUCCGGUCUCGCAUUCCUUCGAGCCGCCCCCGACGAAGUCGCCUGGGAGGGGUGCGUCGGCGAUAUGACGGUCGAGCUGUACAAGUGGCAGGACUCACUACCGCUAGCGGCGAGGUGGAAUAAGUGGGAGCCUUGCUCGGCGGUUCUCCUACCCAGUGUGGCUGUUUUGCAUCUUCUCUUCUACAGCACCCUCAUCGCACUGAACUUUGACCAGGCGGAGGCAGACCCCUCUACGAAACCACAGGAAAGUUCUAGGGAUAUAUGCGUAGCCUCGGCAGAGGCCAUUACCUGCUUAGUGAGGAAGUACCGACAACAGCACGGGUUGCGAUUCGCGCCAAUUAUUUUGAUAUACAGUAUAUCGCAGGCUGCGCGGACGCUGCGCAGCUUCGGGGCGUAUCAAGAUGAGACGGCGUAUUUGUAUAGUGUUUUGGAAGAGUGUUCUUCGACUUGGGAGCUUGCGGGCGAGGCAUUGGGGUAUAUCCAUCAAGGACAGAAUGUAGUAUAA